UAGCUUCGUUCAUCCAUUUCUCUGUCUACACCCCUACUUCUUCUGCCUUGUAUUCCAGUGAUAGCAAAAGCAAAGACAUGGCGUUGCGCUCCGGAUCUCUCUCAAGGUCAUUGCUCUCCGCCGCGAGAACCAUACCUCGCCGUUCCUCUAUCCCUCGCCCUUCCAUUCGCUCUCAUCUUCUCCACCCUCGCCGCCCCCUCGUUACUGUCCCUAGAACUAUGGGGAUUCUAGGGUGCACGCAGUCGCUGUUGCCGCUGCACAGCGCUGACGCCGCCGCUCGUCUCACUUCCCACAUUUCCGUCGAAUUGCGCGCUUGCUGCGAAUUGUCUCAAGGUACUUGAAUGGCCUUUACAAUCAGCAAUCAGCACCAGUUGUGCACACAUGUUUGGUUGGUUGGUUGGACAUAGAAAUGAUGGUGGAUUCUGUGAAGCAGGAAGCCUGCUCUCACUUUUCAAAACUGUUUUUAUGGUCUUGAUUGAGGUUUGGGUAGUGAAUUUGACUAGCAUUUCAAUUAUUCUAUACUUUUUAUCAAAAUUAAAUAAGUAUAUCCAUUCUUCUAUUAUUAGGAUUUAAGAAACUUUUGAACCUAAUUGAAGGUUUAUAGACUUUGUUUUGAUUUGUAGAAGAUAAUAACGGGUCCUGGUCCUGAAUCUUGUUUUGAUUCCGGGUUAAGUGGAUGUGUAGAUAUUAGUUGAUAGUGUCUCAUCAUCGUUUGAGCAGGUGCAAACUCGCAAUGGUUUUGUUUUGCUCUUGAACCAAAUUUGGAAGUUCUAUGAUUUUAGUUGAAUCAGAGUUCCUUCCAUUCUAACUCA